CCAAUUGACACAGUACCUAAUUGCCGCAUUUGAUAGUGAUAUGAUGGAAGUGAAUCCAUCUGAAGAAAUCUGGUCUUUACGUAUUUUGGCUAUGCAGAUUUCCUUACAAAAUCCGUUUUCCUUUUUCGGUAUUGAUGAGUUUGAGGGGAAACCGGACGACAAUCACUUCUUUUCCGGCGAAAUGUCCAAUCCACGGCUACGCUUGGAGCAUCCCUUGGUGGGCUUUUGGUUAAUUUGCUCCAAGUUGUUUGAUUAUCCUUGGAUUAAUGAGUUUCUGUUGGAGUAUUACGACGACCCGCCAUCCGCAAUUGUUGAUGCAAUCAAACAAACAAGAAGUGGCAAGUCUAUCAACAAUGCUCCAAAUCGAGAAUCAUUGAAGGAACCGGAUCCGCCUCGUAUCCAAAAAAUAUAUGAUCCGAUGUACUCUAUUGACAAACCAGGCAAGGAUGUUCAUCGCGAAUCCACCAGCUCCAAAGGGGACCAGGUGCAAAACCCAAAUCGCUUUGCACCUCUACAAAGUGAUGAUGACUCGUUUGAAGGCAAUGGAAUUCAGGAAUUCGACGAGGUUGCAGUGGUGGCGGUGAAAAAUAAUGCCUCCAAGGCGCCUGAGUCGUCGGAUGAAGAUGAAGACACUGAAGAUGACGACACUAACGACAGGGAGAACAUUGUGGACGACGCAAUGGAGGAAGACGAUGAUGACGAACGGGUCAAUACCGCUGGGGCGAACCCGCACGAUGAGGCCAUGGACGACAACACUCUACUGUUGACUUCUCCUAAACUUACGGCAACACAAGACUCAGCAGGUACAGGGACCUUUACGGAGCCCUUGGAAACAACUCCUUCUCGAGUUCAACGCCCCCCAACACUGGCCGAACGGAUCUCAAACCUCAUUCAGGUGAACAUGGAAGGGAUACCAGGCAAGUGUCACAUCUUUGAGACUACUUUCUCCAUGGACUAUCAAGGGUCGGAUUCAGGAACUGUGGCGGAGGCGCUCUUGUCGACAGUUCUGACGUCUAUAGAGAAAGCCAUCAACAAUUCCGCUAAUGAAUUGAAGCUUCUUCCAAUCUCUGAUACCACAUAUAAGCAACCGAAUCUUUGGAUUCAAAACUCAGUAGAUUUACGUAAUUGCAUUUCGACUUAUCGCGCUCUGUUGACUUACUGUGAUAUGGAAUAUGGUAACUGUCCCUACGCGGCAGCCAACAGCAAGCCGGGCAAGAAGAAACUACGCACACGCAUUCGCGUCGGCUUCUCGGCUGAGGCCUCGGUCAAGGCCGUUCAAGACUAUCUUCAUACCGGAUUAUGUCAAUCGGGGAGAGGCGCUGGGUGCUACCCUUCUCCCUUGCAGUAUGGAGAAAUUGUGAAGAUUGUAUCAUGCUCGUUUAUUCCUGCAGAAGUCAACUUCUCAGCUUAUGCAAAGGAACUGAUGAGACUAUUUGAUUUCAAAGUACCGAUUGGUAUCAAGAUGGACUGGGUUUCUAUUCCGUACACGGGCCAAGCAAAGUACAAAGAACGAUCCCCCGGAGUGACUAGUCCACAUUGUUUCACUCGGAGGAUUCAUGCCAAGAGAUUUGAUCGCACUUUGAGGUCAAUUCUCCACCCAGCAACUGCAAAACCUGACUUUCCAUUCGCAGCACCGGCCACCUACAUCAGUGAUUGGAAAUUGGCACAACAAGGUUUGCUGAGUGUUAAGGCCUACGGUCCGGUGAAGGAUGCGAUCCUUACCUUGAUCAGCAAGUUACGGGAUUACUACAUUUUGACGGAGGUUCUUUAUCCAGGCAUCGACUUCACGGGGAUGUUCAAGUUUGCGACUACAAGGUUGUACGGUUCUUGCACUCUGUUCAAACUGCUCUUGUCCAUCAAGGCCACUCCGGCCCAGGCUGAUCAGGCUUCCACAGCUGCCAAAGACAGACCCCCAACACCUGCCGACGACGACUCAUCUGAAGAGGAGGACGAUGAAUCCCAUGAGGGAGCGGGUUCUCUGUCCGGACCAUUCACGAAGGUGACAAAGAAGAAGGUGAAGAAGAAGAAGAAGAAGUCGCUCAUUUCCGAUAAUCUAGAGAAUCAUUUUCUCAAAGAUCUAUCCCUGGCACAACGCAAGCUGGCUGAAGCUACCGACCGCAAACUGAAGAACGAUAUUGAUCGCCAUAAGGCGGGACCACUCUUCCUGAUGAUCCUUCCUG